AUGUUUGCGUCUGUGUGGAUGCUCAGUCUGGCAACAAAAGACGUAGAAAUCUUUACCCGUCCGCAGUCGCUUGGCAGUUCCACCAGCUGGACGAACCUGGGCUGUGAAAACACCGAUACCAACGGUCGUCUCACCUUCACUAUCCCCGAGAAUCGGCGUCUGGGUGUGGGUAUGCACCGCCUGCGUCUGGUCGCCGCCUCCGAUGCGGAGCAUCCACUUGAGCUGACUGUCGCCAUCGUACCGCCUGGCGCAGAUGUCGUCAUAAGCAGCAUCGAUGGCAGUUUCGCGGCCAGUCUGUCCAUCAUGGGCAAGGUGAGCCCUGGCACUCCU